CCAGCCUGCCGGGACGCGGUCGGCUGCGGCCGCAGUGUUUAUGCUCUCGAGGCUUGCGGCGCCCGCCCGCCGCCGCCGCGCUGUCGGAGCGCCCCUGCUCGUCGCGGGGGUCGGCCUCGUGCGCUUCACCCUCCAGCUCCGGGCCUCGGGCCGCGCCGGACCUUCGGUUUAAAUGUAAUGCCUGAUCUUUAUUUCUCCUUCUUAGCUUAUGUAAAGCCAUAAUGUGGCAUACCAUCCUUUUUGAGAGGUGAAUAUCACUGAAUAAAAAUGGCUGACAGAAGUGGGAAGAUUGUUCCAGGACAAGUGUAUAUUGAAGUAGAGUAUGAUUAUGAAUAUGAAGCAAAGGACAGAAAGAUUGUGAUAAAACAAGGUGAGCGGUACAUCUUGGUGAAGAAGACAAAUGAUGACUGGUGGCAAGUCAAACCAGAUGAGAAUUCCAAAGCGUUUUAUGUGCCGGCCCAGUAUGUCAAGGAGGUCACCCGCAAAGCCCUAAUGCCACCUGUCAAACAGGCAGUUGGACUGCCAAACAGCUCCAUGAAAAUGGUACAGAGCCUGCAUCUUCAGAGAUCAACAGAAAAUGUGAACAAGUUGCAUGAACUUUCAAGUUUUGGAAAGCCAUCAUCUUCUGUUCAAGGAACAGGCCUUAUUCGUGAUGCCAAUCAGAAUUUUGGACCCAGUUUUAUGCCAGGCCAGACUGUCAGCCUAAGCCUGGACCUGACCCAUAGUAACGGAAAGUUUAACAGUGAGUCACAUUCUCCUAAAGUUCCCAGCCAGAAUAGGACGCGCUUAUUUGGUCACUUUCCAGGUCCAGAGUUCUUAGACAUGGAGAAAAAUAGCUUCUCCCAGGAACAGUCCUGUGAUUCUGCAGGAGAAGGCUCAGAAAGAAUCCAUCAAGAUUCUGAAUCUGGUGAUGAACUUAGCAGCAGCUCCACUGAACAGAUAAGGGCAACUACACCUCCAAAUCAAGGAAGGCCAGAUUCUCCCGUCUAUGCCAAUCUCCAAGAACUGAAAAUAUCCCAGUCUUCCCUGCCCCCCCUUCCUGGGAGCCCAGCAAUUCAGAUUAAUGGAGAAUGGGAAACUCAUAAAGAUAGUUCAGGGCGUUGUUACUAUUAUAACAGAGGAACACAGGAGAGAACCUGGAAACCCCCUCGCUGGACUCGGGAUGCAAGCAUAAGCAAAGGAGAUUGCCAGAGUCCAGGAGACCAAGAGCUUCUUUCAUCAGAAGAAAACUACCACAGCAUUUGUUACAGCCAGUCAGAUAGUCAGUGUGGUUCUCCUCCAAGGGGUUGGUCAGAAGAGUUGGACGAACGUGGGCAUACCCUAUAUACCAGUGACUAUACUAAUGAAAAGUGGCUCAAGCAUGUUGAUGAUCAAGGUAGACAGUAUUACUACAGUGCAGAUGGCUCUCGGUCGGAGUGGGAACUGCCAAAGUAUAAUGCUUCGUCCCAGCAGCAGAGAGAAAUAAUUAAAAGUAGGAGCCUGGACAGACGUCUGCAGGAGCCCAUAGUGUUAACGAAGUGGAGGCACAGCACGAUUGUGUUAGACACCAAUGAGAAGGAGUCUCCAACUGCCUCAAAGCCCUGCUUUCCUGAAAACGAGUCUUCUCCCUCUUCACCAAAGCACCAAGAUACAGGUCAAGAGAAAUAUGGACUAUUAAAUGUAACAAAAAUUACUGAAAAUGGGAAAAAGGUUCGAAAGAACUGGUUGUCUUCUUGGGCAGUGUUGCAGGGUUCAUCUUUACUUUUUACGAAGACACAAGGAAGUAGCACAAGUUGGUCAUUCUGCCAACAGGGCUCAGUUUCUGAGCUCUUGCUUUUGCUGCUUACCUCCUGGAAAAAUUCUGUCAGUCGCCGGUCUGCUGUCGCAUAUGUAAAAUCCGCUCCUGUUUCAGCUGUCACUUUCGGGAGUAAUCAGUCCAAACCAGAGUUCACGGUGGACCUCAAGGGAGCAGCGAUAGAGAUGGCUUCGAAGGACAAAUCCAGCAAAAAGAAUGUACUUGAGCUGAAAACCCGUCAAGGAACAGAACUGCUAAUUCAGUCCGAUAAUGACGCUGUUAUUAGCGAUUGGCUUAAAGUUAUUAGUAGUACUAUCAGUAAUAAGGCAGUAGACACUGAUGAAGCAAUUGAAGAGGAGAUACCAGAUUCACCAGGAAUAGAAAAACAUGAUAAAGAAAAAGACCAUAAGGAGCCUAAAAAACUUCGUCCCACAAAAGUAGUUAGCAUAGAUUCUUCAGAACAGAAGAAAACCAAGAAAAAUUUAAAGAAGUUUCUUACACGACGCCCUACUUUGCAAGCUGUUCGUGAAAAAGGUUAUAUUAAAGAUCAGGUAUUUGGAUCCAAUCUUGCUAAUCUUUGUCAGAAAGAGAAUGGCACAGUGCCAAAGUUUGUGAAGUUAUGCAUUGAACAUGUUGAAGAACACGGUUUGGAUGUUGACGGAAUCUACAGAGUAAGUGGCAACCUUGCAGUGAUCCAGAAGCUGAGAUUUGCAGUCAACCACGAUGAGAAACUGGACUUGAAUGAUAGUAAAUGGGAAGAUAUUCAUGUCAUUACUGGAGCACUCAAAAUGUUUUUUCGAGAAUUGCCGGAACCUCUUUUUACAUUUAAUCAUUUUAAUGAUUUUGUCAAUGCAAUUAAACAAGAACCAAGACAGCGAGUUGCUGCUGUUAAGGACUUAAUCAAACAGUUGCCGAAGCCUAAUCAAGAUACAAUGCAGAUUCUGUUUAGACAUCUCAGAAGAGUUGUAGAAAAUGGAGAAAAAAAUCGAAUGACCUAUCAGAGUAUAGCAAUUGUUUUUGGUCCCACUCUAUUAAAGCCAGAGAAAGAAACUGGUAAUAUAGCAGUUCAUACUGUAUACCAAAAUCAGAUUGUGGAAUUAAUUCUUCUGGAACUAAACUCCAUCUUUGGACAUUGAUUCUUAUUGAAGACAGAACCUGUGUAAUAGAAGCUGGAUUCCAUCAGAUUUCAAAUCUCUAUACAUGAUGUAUUUUAUUUUUGGACCAAGCAGUGACUCUUUGAUUUUGCACUUUUUUGAGGGAUGAGAAGGAAAGGAAAGAGUCAAGAUGUAUGUUAAGCCCUCAUAUUUGCUGCUUUCUUGGAAGUUGAUGAAAUUGUGUAUAAUCUUAGGUUAAUUUUAUCUUGAAUGUUUGCAUUUCAUACUCAGAAUUUAAGUAAAAAUCAAACCUUGCGAUUCUCAUCAGGCUUAUUAUACACUGGAUAAUUUGGGGGGAUAUGACAGUUUUUUUCCUCAAACUGGAUAAAAAGGAAUUUUUUCUCAUGAUUUGUAGGUUCAUCGUUUGAUAGAAUAAUACUUGCUAUCAGUUAUUUUAAAAAUGCUCUUGGGCAUUUGAAACAAAAUGAAGUAUAUCCACUUUGAAACCUGUGUAUUUCUUCUUCUCGGUUUCUGCGUGCAGUGGCAGUCUUGAGUGCUGACGUUCAUUUUAUAGCCCAGAUAUAAUCCUGGAUGAAGGCUUGCCAUUUCCUACUGUGUUGCGCAGCAUCCUUACUGGAUACUUAGUUGCUUGUUUUGGCAGCACACUAAUAUUACUUAAAACACUGUGAUAUACUGGAGUUUUUAUUUAGCACAAGUCAGUUCAGGGUUUUUUGGGGCUGUCUGUGCUACACUGAAUUGUAGUUAACAAUCCUAACUAAAUAUAGUGCCAUACUGAGUACUUGGUAUGACCCUGUGGAAACAGACGUUGAUGUAAAUAUAGGCUAAAGACUCCAUGUCCUGUAGCUUAUGUAUAUAACUGCGUUGUAUAGUCUCAGAGUACAUUCUAACCCUAUAUUUCUAAUCAUGUAUAGGUAUUAGUAUAGGUGAGUUUUUCCGUGAAUAUUAGGUUUCCUCCAGAAGUAGGCCGUUAUUUGGGAAAGUUAACUGUGCACUUUUAGAUUUUAAUUACAUUUACAGGCAAAUCACUGUAAUGUGAAUGGUACUGGAAAAAUGCUGAAUAGACUUGCUAAAUGGUAAAUGCACUACAAGAGAAAUUACUUUGGUUAUUUAAUAUGUACAGAAUACAUUAGAAAAAAUUUAUUACAGAAUUCUAACUACAGUAUGAAUAGUGGAAACCCAUAUGUAAAUUAAAUGGAUGUUGGUUGGACAUUGCUAAAUUUGAGAAUUUCUUUUUACAUUACUAAUACAGAUUGAUUUGUAUAAUAAAACAGGGUUUGGAAGGUUUUGUUACAGGGAGCAUGGUCUGUUGAAGAUUUUUUAAACUGUAUUUUUCUAGAUUAACUGCUGUAUAUGAAAUGUCUAAUCCGAAUAAAGAAAACUAUAAGAAAGUUUAGAGAUUUUUCCAUUGGAAUGUGCAUUUUUGUUUAUUUUUUGACUUUGCAUUUACUGGCUACUCUUAUACCUCACUGAAAAAACAUCAACUUAAUCCAAUACUUUCUGUGGCAAAUAUGGUUUCCUCAUUUCAUACCUUUUCUACUCCCCGCCUUGCCAACCCCUGCUCGCCACAUACACACUUUUGAUUUCUUCAGUAUUUGGAAGUGAAUUAUUUGUAACCAGGAUUCUUUUUAUUAGGAUUGAUGUAUAAUUUACUGAUUGUCUUCCUUGGGGAAAAAAUAUUUUUUGUUUCUGUCUAAAAACUCCUCACCUGAGCUUUGUGUUAAAAAUGUUGUGUUUGUUGUGAUCUUGUUAAAUUGAUAACAAACCAAGCCAAGCCACUAGAUAGCUAUGGGAGAGCAGAUUGUUUUGAGCAGGGAGAAAAAGUCCCAAAUCACAGUGUUUGUAUUUGCCUAAAGAUGUCCUUAGUAACAACAAUAUGCUUUAGGACUAGACUCUCUAGUGAGCGUGUACCGGGAAAGCAAUUAGACUCAAAUUAGUGAUGUUCUUUCUGUCAGUAAUCAUGGAAAUAUCAAAGUUUAAAAUUGUCCUGUGUUUCUUGUUUCAAAAUACAUAUGUGUGUAUGUGAUGUCUUAAAUGUUUUAUUAGUCUACAAUGAGUCAGUUUGUUGUGAUAUUGUAUGCACAGUGAGAUCAGUGUCUUGUGUUUACUUCCUUUGUGAAUUAAAAAUUGUCACUUGUUUUUGUAAUUAUAAGAACUGUAAUAUUUUCCUGUCUUGAGAGCUUGAUUUUUAGUAGAAAAUAUAUUAAAGGCUGAAACAAAU